UCAAUUUAUAAUCUGUUGUAUGCCGUUGUGCGCAGUUGAAAGUGGUUGUUCGAACAUUACGUUCACGCGUGAUAGUAUUACUUUUUAAUUAUUUUAUACGAAUUGUAAUCAAAAUCAUUUAAAAUGAUGUCAAAAAUAAUUAUAUUAGUUUUUACAAUAGUUCUUUGUAACUCAAUUGUAUCUGCGGACAAGUGUCCUAGUAACAAUUUCGUGGACAACUUAGUUUCAUAUUGUCCUGGGAUUCCACAAAUUUUUGAUUCAUCUCCAAAAUCUUAUUGUUGCUUAGAUGUGGAAAAUAAAUACUACUGCUGUGAUGCUCAAGAAUAUACUUUAAACACAGGAUUUAAGAUUAUUCUUCCGGCGAUCAUCGGAGUACUGGUCGUAGUGACACUUUUUGUCUUUUGCAUCACAUGUUUAUGCUGUAGUUGCUGCCCAUGGUACAAAAGACGUCAUCGUGGAACAGUUUAUGGAAAAGUUCAUACACCAGGUGUUAUUAUACAUCCAGGCACUGCUCCAAUACCAAACCAAUCUGCUCAAAUGCCUCAUCAACCAUACGUAGUUCAUACAGAACCUUCAAUGCAAUAUCCGAGUCAACCACCACCUUAUACAGUCGAACCUUAUGCUCAACAAGCAUCAUAUAACCCAAAUUUCCCCCAGUAGGAUUUAUCAUCAGUAUUCUUCAACGUAACUGUUUGUUCGUGUGUUGGUCUUGCUGUGAAUCAUCUAUUAUCGGAUAAUAAAUCACUUCCAUUAAAGACUAUCGGGAGCAAUGUGCGCUGAUAAUACAUAUAAUACUCCAGUAUGUGACCGAAAUAAGUCUAUCAGUCUCCAGUGUUUCCACUGAACUGCUCCAUCCUGACUAUUAUCUUAAGAGGAAAUGACGUGAUGUUGAAUGACGCAUAAAAUUAUUUUUUUGUAUAAUAAUACUUGGAUAUUUUUUCAUGAAUUUUUAAUUAAAUAAAUAUAGACAAAAUACUAGUGACUUACAGUCAUUAGUUUACUAUAUAAUUUGAAAAAAAAAAAAAAC